AUGGCAUCACAGGGGCCCCAGGCAGCUGAAGCUGCAACCGCGCAAGGCUUCACAUCGCAAGAUGCAUCAGCCAACCCAACCAGAAAUAACAUGCCACAGAAGAAGAAGAAGGGGUAUGAAGUAUCAGACCAGCGAAUGGUGCAGAUUUAUUCACCCGAGGGCGAAAACAAAAACAUUUCACCAGACGUCGAUAUCGUGGUCGUGCCCGGGUUAGGGGCGGAUCCGAUAGAGUGCUGGAGAUCCAGUGAGCCAGGGAACGAGUUCAACUGGAUAACACACAAGGAAGGUCUCCAAAGAGAGUUUCCUCGAGCUCGUCUGCUACUCUACAAGUUCGAAUCGGCAUACACAGGAGGUUUCAAAGUGAAACAAUUCAUUGGCAAUCUUGCUCAUGUGUUGCUAGCUGGGCUAAAGAGCAAAAGAGAGGGCUGCAAAACCCGACCUAUUGUAUUCAUCGGCCAUAGCAUGGGAGGUCUGAUCAUUGCAAAAGCUAUUAUUCUCGCCGAGGCUAGCAACAGCCAAUUUAGAGAAAUAUUCGACACUGUUACAGGAUGUGUCUUCUUUGGCACACCGUUCAAAGGCGCUUCCGUUUUCAUGCUUUUAGGAGCAUAUGCUCGCAUGGCAGAGAAGGAGAGUGAUGCAGCUGUUCAUUCAUCGCUGCUGGAUUUGCUCAAACCUAACAAUGGCGAGCUACAACAGCUAAGAAUUGAGUUUACACGCUUGGCAAACAGGAACGGCCAGAAAAUCUCCUGUUACUGCUUCUGGGAGCAACAUCUGAGCGACAUAUCAAAACUGAAGGUUCUGGUACAAGAGCUUGGGAAAGCCAAGUCUGGAGACUUUGACAUUCCCCAAAACGAAGUCGAGUUUGUCUCUCAAGAAUCGGCGACUCUAGAAAGCUGUAAAGAGUCAGGGCUGGCUCGCAACCAUCGAGACUUGGUCAAGAUCAACGGCGUCAAAGACGAUUUGUGGGUUCAGAAUAUUCGAGAACCCCUAAGGCAAAUGGUGGACGGAGCUCCGGCAGCAGUCAAGAGUCGCCUCCAGGCUGUUAGAGAUAUCGACUUCACGCUGGUGAAAGGUAUCAUGGAUGCCUUGGAAGGCGGCCAGGUACGCAAAAAAGAAAAAGUCCUUUCGCAGUCUUUCGUACCGUCAUCAUGGAUCCCUUCGGAAGAAGAGUACAAAGAAUGGCUUGGAGAGGGGAAAUCCAUCGACUGUCUCUACAUACGCGGUCCGGAAGGUCGCGGAAAGACCAACGCUACGUUAGCUGCACUUCAAGGCAUCAGGAAGAUCCAGCAAGACGUGGACAACAAUCUGGUCAAAGGCCCUGUUCUGCUUGCCUACUUUUUCUGCGAUACCAAUGUAGAUUAUUCUACAGCCGAAGACGUCCUCAAAUCUCUUGUUAGGCAGCUGGUCGAGCAGGCAGAAACCUUGGCGCCGCACGCAAAGAAGUUUACCAAGACGAAGGGGAAGAACGAAAGCGGCAAAAACAACAUAGAAGCUCAGGUAUCAGUUGAGAAUCUAUGGCAGUCAAUCCAGAGCAUGCUUGCAGACGAGUUCAUCGGCACCAGAGUCUACUUUGUUCUCAAUAACUUACACGUCCUACCACCCGAAUCCGACGCCACCAUCAAGUUAAUGAGAUAUAUCAGUGGCGAAUUGGAAGAUAUGGAAAGUUCAGGCUCUGGGAGAAACGUGCAAGCUCGAUGGUUCAUCACAGGAAGAGAAGCACACAACGUCGAUGAGGUCCUCCUUCACACCAACGGGGUGCGAAUCAUUGACCUCGAAGACUCCAAGUAUGAGGGCCAGGUGCAGCUCGAGCUACGGAGGCAUGCGAAGAAGAUGAUCACGGCUCUUGGAGAAAAGAAAAAGUACAACAAGGCAUUGUCGUACUUCGCGAGCAGUCUCAUCGGAAAGCGCGCCCAGAAUACUCAGUGGAUUGACAUCACAUGCAUACAGCUGGGGGAACUGGCAACAGACAACGAUCUCACUGUCCGAAACAUUCUCGAAAAUACGCCCCAGGAUUUAAAGGCUCUCCUAAACCAGGCUUGGCAGCAAGUCUUCCAGCUAAAUAGGACGGAAUCGGGCAAGAUUAAAGAGAUCCUGCGCGCCAUGGUGUUGACCUACGAAGAUCCCACAGAGGUUGAGCUUGGAGUGCUUGCCGGGUUCUCCUCUAGCCCAGAGAAGAGAGCAGAGCUGCAGAAUCUCAUCAAGCAGUGCAGACCGCUGAUAUCAGUGAAGCGUACGAGCAAAGACAGCCCGACUGUAGCCUUUACAAAUGUCGUAGUCAAAACACAUCUUCGCGAUCAUGCCAAAGCUCUGCUCGGCCUAUCUGAGGAGGAGAUUAGAUGGGAACACGGCGUAUUGGCACUACGUUGUUUUACCCACCUCAAGGAGACCUAUGAGGACCUAGAAUCAGAAUCUAGGACCACACUCGCCGGGCAGAAUCAAGAUGCAAUGUCAAAUGCAGAUGACGAUGACGAGGAAGAAUCCGAUGAUGAAGAAAAUGAUGGCUAUGGAUAUGAGGACUCUGAAAGCGAACGCUCCUUGUCGUCCCUCGGAUCAAAGGAAAGCGAUGACGACGUCGAGUUAGUCAAAGACAAGGCUUUGGUUUAUGCCGUCAAACACUGGCUUCACCAUGCAAGCAAAGCGACUCUAGACAUUGCUGAGGAUCUCAGCCUUGAAGAAGACUUCUGGAGACCGGAUUCCGUUAUAAGACAGCGCUGGCUAGCGGAUUUCUGUCGCUUGACCACGGUGUUGGGAGACUUUCCUUACAAGUCUUUCAACGCCCUGCAUGUAGCCGCUUCUGUUGGCUUCCGCCAGCUUGUUGCAGCUCUCAUUCGACACGGCCACAAGGAUGAACUCAGACAACGUGAUGAAUGGUUUAACACUCCGCUACACCUGGCGGCUGGCUUUGGGAGAAUAAAUAUUGUUGAAGAGCUGCUGAACAACGAUGCCCCAAUUGAUGACAACGCUGAUGAUACAGGUGAUCAAACACCUCAACAAACACCUCUCAGCAUGGCGGCCCAGGGCGGGCAUGUCGAGGUUAUGAGGAAGCUGCUUCUUCGAAAGGCCGACCCGAACACCAAGGCCCAAAACAUCGGCCCCGUAAUCAAUGCUGCCAUUGUGUCUGGCAAUCUUGACGCUGUGAAGCUGCUUGUUGAGCAUGGCGUGCCGUUGGUUGGAGAUCCCAGCGAUACUGAAACGCCAAGUCCGUUGGCGCUCGCAGCAAUGGUGGCCGAUUCUUCAAUGUUUGAAUAUCUGAUGGUAAGUCUGCAAGGCUAUCUGCCCGUCAUAGACUACUCUCAAGCCGUGAUUUGCGCGGCGGCUGCCUGCAGGACCGAGGUGCUCAAUGCGCUUCUCGAUUUUCCCACUUCAAAGGAAGCGCUCCUAGAGCUAUACCAAGCGGCCCUCGACAUCGCGGCAGGAAUGGGGAGCUGGGACAUUAUUCGGAGCCUGUUGGGUCGAUGCCAAGGCCUGAACGUGCAACUGCCACUCUAUGCCGCUGCAAGCUGCAAUCAGCAACAAGAUGAGAUGGUCAAGAUGGCAUUGGACUACGCGGGCGAAUCAAUCUCGCAGGAGGCUUUAGAUGGUUCCCUCUAUGUUGCGACGGACGGAGAAAAGAUGAGCACUGUCCGGCUAUUGUUGGAGUACAAGGCGAAUCCGAAUGCCACCGGAGAGGAAUAUGGCAACGCCCUGACGGCUUCCGCAUUCGACGGCACCAUCGAUAUACUAAAGCUUCUUCUGGACCAUGGCGCGGACCCUAACGAUCCACGCGGCUGGGCAAUUCAGACGGCAGCGGCUGAAGGUCAUUACUCGGUCGUCGAAGAGCUUCUCCGCCGCGGUGCUAACGUAAAUGCGCAUACUCCCAAUAAUGAGAGGUUCCCUGAAGGAACUGCAAUCCAGGCAGCAUGUGAGUCGGGCAGAGUCGACAUUGUGAAACUGCUGCUGCAGCACCAUGCCAACCCCAACAUUGGCUCCGGCAUUGACGCUCCCCCUAUUGUCGUCGCAGCAAGGCGCGGGUUUUUGGAGAUUCUGGACAUGUUGGUCGAGGCCAGGGCGGAGCUAAACGUCUUAGGCGGCCCUGACAUGUCGACGCCGCUCAUCAACGCUGCGGCGUGUCUCCCCAAUACUUCAUUGCUUACCCUUCUCCGGGCAGGUGCCGACAUCAACCUCGCGGAUAAUGACGGAGAUACCGCUCUCAUUGUGUCCGCUGGCCGUGGUGACUUGGAAGCCGUGCAGUUCCUGAUUCACAACGGCGCAGACAUUUUGCACAUUAACAAUCGAGACAUAAACGCCCUGCAGAUGGCUUUUCUCGCUCAGCAGCAAGGAUGCGUCGCCUACCUCAUUGCGGCGUAUUCGGCGGUCCUCCGCGGCUUGAAGCAGGUGAUUGACCAGGGCGACAGGGCCGUGGAGAAUGCUUUCCAGUCGGCCGCUGCGGCAAACCAGGGCCUGCCUUAUGAUGAAAACCCUCGAGAGUCGGGACCUUAUGAUACAGAGGAUGAGGAGAGAGCAGAGUCGGAGGAGUCAGACAAUGACAGCGAGCUAAAUCCGUCUGACGCCUUCUCUCAUGGGCCGCACCCCGUUCCGUCUCAUCAAGGCAGCCCUGGCCCAAACCAGUUCCAGGGUUACCAGGGAGGACCCCCAGUGGCCCAGGGAAUGCUCCAAGCCACACCAAGAUACAAUAGUCCUGGAUAUGGGAUCCAAGCUCAGGGCCAGGUUGGAAACAUGUAUCCUCCGCAGCAAGGCAAUAUGGGAUAUGGUUCACAAGCUUAUUUCUAA